AUGGCGGACGAUGAAACUCAGGCUCUCGUUGUGGACAAUGGUUCGGGAAUGUGCAAAGCAGGUUUUGCUGGUGAUGACGCACCACGUGCUGUCUUCCCGUCAAUUGUUGGACGUCCACGCCACCAAGGCGUCAUGGUCGGUAUGGGUCAAAAGGAUAGCUACGUUGGUGAUGAAGCCCAGUCCAAACGAGGUAUCCUCACACUCAAAUACCCAAUCGAACACGGCAUCGUGACCAACUGGGAUGAUAUGGAGAAGAUCUGGCAUCACACUUUCUACAAUGAGUUGCGAGUCGCGCCCGAAGAGCACCCCGUUCUGCUCACCGAAGCCCCGUUGAAUCCGAAAGCCAAUCGAGAGAAAAUGACACAGAUCAUGUUCGAAACAUUCAACUCACCAGCCAUGUAUGUGGGCAUCCAGGCUGUGCUGUCCCUGUACGCGUCGGGUCGUACGACCGGUUAUGCGCUUCCACAUGCAAUCAUCCGUCUGGAUCUGGCUGGUCGUGAUCUGACUGACUACCUGAUGAAAAUCCUGACCGAGCGUGGUUACAGUUUCACGACAACGGCCGAGCGAGAAAUCGUGCGUGAUAUCAAGGAGAAGUUGUGCUACGUGGCUCUGGACUUCGAGCAGGAGAUGGCGACCGCGGCAUCGAGCUCCUCACUGGAGAAGAGCUACGAACUGCCUGAUGGUCAGGUGAUCACGAUUGGUAACGAGCGGUUCCGUUGUCCCGAGGCUCUGUUCCAACCGAGCUUCUUGGGUAUGGAAUCUGCCGGUAUCCAUGAGAGCACGUUCAACUCGAUCAUGAAGUGCGAUGUGGAUAUCCGCAAGGAUUUGUACGCGAACACCGUGCUGUCUGGUGGUACGACCAUGUUCCCUGGUAUUGCGGAUCGUAUGCAGAAGGAGAUCACUGCGUUGGCUCCGAGUACGAUGAAGAUCAAGAUCGUUGCCCCACCGGAGCGUAAAUACUCGGUUUGGAUUGGUGGUUCGAUCUUGGCUUCGUUGUCCACGUUCCAACAGAUGUGGAUCUCGAAACAGGAAUACGACGAGUCUGGUCCAGGUAUCGUUCACCGCAAAUGCUUCUAA